CACUGCCAGCGACAGUGGUAGAGGAGGAUACAAUGGGGUCUUUUAAGAGACUUUUAGACAAAUACAUGGAGCUCAGAAGAAUAGGGUAAUUCAAGGCAGUUUCUAGAGUAGGUUACAUGGUCAGCACGACAUUGUGGGCCGAAGGACCUGUAAUGUGCUGUAGAUUUCUAUGUUCUAUUGUCGUGCUGUCUUCUCAUUGCCACCAUCAGGGACACACUCAACGUUUCAGGAACAGCUUCUUCCCCUCCACCAUCAGAUUUCUGAACGGUCCAUGAACACUACUUUGCUGCCUUUACACACCAGUUCUUUACACAUGCACAUUUCUUAUUGCAAUCUAAUGAGUUGCUAUGUAUUGCACUGGACUGCAGCUGCAAAACAACACGUUUCAUGACAUACGUUGAUGGCAAAAAACCUGAUUCUGAGGCUUUUCAAUGUCCUUGCCACAGCAAUAAAGCAGUUCAGCUGUCAUUCAGUGAAGGCUGAUCACCCUCCCGUUGUGACCCUCGUAGUCUGCACUGUACUCUCUGUAACUGUAUACUUCAUAAUGUUUCACGUUUACUCCCCUGACGUUCUAAUGAAUGGAACAAUCUCACAUGCAAACAGAAGGUUUUUCCACUCUGUCUUGGUAUGUGUGACGGAUAAGCUGAUAUUAAAUGACUCUACCAUCUGUCUGAAUGGAACAAAGCCUCUCUGGAGAACGGUGAGGGGUGUUUGGGAGGGAAGGACUCCAGUUAACUACAAUGCUUAACCAGGGUUUCGGCCCAAAGGUCAAACUCAUGAUUGGUGAGCUCAAGGGGUGAAGUUCAAAACUGGAAGCCUGACAUCUACGAGUCUGAUAAUCCAGGGACAAGCACUGGGUCAGGAGUGUGAGUGGCCGGGUGUGGUGAACUACAUAUACCUGUCUGGACAUGCCCCUCUGCUGACUGCUCCUGUGGCUCCACCCACAGACCCCUGUAUAAAGGCGAUUGGAGGCACUGCUCCUCCCUCAGUCUGCAGGAUGUUGUGGUCUCUUUUGCUGCUGAUAAAAGCCUAUCGUUCGCCUCCCAUCUCCAAGAGUUAUUGAUGGUGCAUCAAUUUUAUUAGCAGCAAUUUUAAAACACGGAGAGCAUUUUACGACCCGACAGAUUGGAUCUCGACCCUCAAUCCCAGGAAGCCGGCAACGCUUUCGAACUCUGGCUAGCAUGCUUCGAGCCGUACCUGGAGGAGAUUCAUGUGACCGACCCUGCCACGAUGCGCAGGGUUCUCCUCUCCAGGGUCAGUGCAAGGGUCUACUCCAUGAUCAGAGACCAAACAGACUACCAGGGUGCGAUGGAUGCCCUCAAAAGACAAUACCGGAGGCCAGUGAACACCGUCUUCUCAAGACAUCGCUUAGCAACAUGGCAGCAGCGGGCCGGAGAGUCGAGCGCUGAGUGGGUCCGGGCCCUACAGACACUCAUGCGGGCCUGCAAUUGCAGGGGACUGACGGCGGAACAGCAUACGGAGUUGCUAGUAAGAGACGCCUUUGUUACGGAGAUCAGGCCAGUGUACUUGUGCCAGUGGCUGCUGGAACACGCCGAUCUUACCUUACAUUCGGCGAUUGAGCUGGCCGACACGCAGGAGGCCGCUCUGCGCAACGCUGACGCUGUCCAGGCACGCCAUCUCCCGCCGGCCCCAUGGACACUGCAGACCCUGCAACCCGCCGGCGAAUCGACUUCGGCUGCUGUCAGUCGCAAGUCCGCGCAGUGUUACUUCUGUGGACUCGAAAAGCACCCCCAAAAACGCUGUCUGGCCCAAGAAGCUACCUGCUCCAGCUGCGGAAAGAAAGGCCACUUUGCCAAGGCCUGUAAGUCCAAACCACGAGCGGGGUCGAGCAGCGCCGUGUGCAAGGCAUGGGGGCGGCCAUCUUGGUCGCUGCCAUCUUGCCUGCCCACCGCGUGCGAGGCAUGGGGGCGGCCAUCUUGCCUGCCCGCCGCGUGCGAGGUAUGGGGGCGGCCAUCUUUGUCGGCGCCACCUCGCCCCGCCUCUGACCCACGGGAGCUUACUGGGCACCAAGAUGGUGAUUCAACUCUGGCCUCUGUGACCCUUGACCAAAGCGCUCCACACCAGCUCGCAAGGUCAAUGAUGGACAUCCUGGUGGAGGGGCACAGGACUAGCUGCCUGUUUGACAUGGGCAGCACUGAGAGUUUUAUUCACCCGUACACAGUGCAACGCUGCAGACUCGUGACACGGCCGGUAAGCCAGAGGGUCACCAUGGCUUCUGGAUUGUAUUCCACAGACAUCUGGGGGGGAUUGCGUAGCGACGUUGGUGGUGCAGGGCACAGAAUAUCAGAACUUCUUAUUACUGGUCAUGCCUCAACUGUGUGUGCCUGUGCUAUUGGGGCUUCAAUUCCAGAGCCACCUGAAAAGUGUGACAAUGGAGUAUGAUGGGUCCCUCCCACCAAUCACUGUCAGAAAUCCUCAGUUCUGUGGGGUUUCGUCAUAUACCCUACUACUGACCACACACACACACCGACCCCCACAUCCCACCCAACACCAUGCCAACGGCUGCGCUACUAACACCACUUGCAGCCUCUCCACCCUCAAGAUCCCUCCCCCACUGCUGUUCGCCAACCUGAUCCCCAACUGUAAACCCGUGGCAACUAAAAGUAGGAGGUACAGUGCGGGGGACAGGGCCUUCAUUCAGUCGGAGGUGCAGCGGCUGCUCAGGGAGGGGAUCAUUGAGCCAAGCACAAGUCCUUGGACGGCCCAGGUGGUUGUUGUUCAGACCAGGGAGAAAAAUAUGAUGGUCGUGGACUAUAGCCAGGCCAUCAAUAGGUUCACGCAGCUUGACGCGUACCCCCUACCCUACAUCGCGAAUAUGGUCAAUCAGAUAGCUCAGUACAAGGUAUACUCGACCAUAGAUCUGAAAUCCUCUUACCAUCAGCUCCCCAUCUGCCCAGAGGACCGCCCCUACACCGCCUUCGAGGCCGGUGGCAGCCUCUAUCACUUCCUGCGCAUCCCAUUCGGUGUCACGAAUGGUGUCUCUGUCUUCCAGAGGGAAAUGGACCGGAUAUGGACCAGUGCCAACUGAAGGCCACGUUCCCAUAUCUGGAUAACAUCACCAUCUGCAGUCACGACUGGCAGGAUCACGACACUAACCGCCAACGAUUUUUCCAAGUGGCCAAGGCUCUUAACCUCACCUAUAACAGGGACAAGUGUGUGUUCGGAACCACCCGACUUGCUAUCCUUGGGUAUGUCGUGGAGAACGGGGUCAUUGGCCCUGAUCCCGACCAUAUGCAUCCCCUGUUGGAACUCCCUCUUCCCACCACCCUCAGAGCCCUCAAACGGUGCCUGGGCUUCUUUUCCUAUUAUGCCUGUUACAAAUGUGGAGCAACUCUGAGGGGCCGAAGGGUGCAAAGUCGCCCCCUCCUUUUUGAGAAUCGCAAGAUCGCUAUUAUUUCGGGUCUGAAACCCAGGAAAUGAGAGAGAGAGACACAGCAUGUCAGGAAAUGAGAGAGAGACACACAGAAUACACAAGGUUUGGAAUGUCUCCUGACUUCAGCGGAACGGAAUCACGGAUAACGGCCAUUGUCUCUUGGAGACGGAAUUGUGUAUUGAGUACUGUACUAUUCAUUGAAACCCUUCAGGGGACAACCAGAGUGGGCUGGUUGAGGGAUUGCAUCAUCCCAACCUGAUUGACAUCUGAGACCCCGUGAGUAAGGAUAAAAGAGGGUCUGGGGAACAACCCCUUUAGACACACUAGGAGAAACGUUAGAAAUCCAGUGAUAGCGUUUAAUAGUGACAGCCGGCGGGGGCUCGUGUGAGUACUCCCUUGCCAGGGUGGCGGGCUCAUCACAGAAGAACGCUUUAGCUAAAGGAGAGGCCACAAGUGAACGGCCGCCCCAACGGGACUCCCGACGGAUCGAAAUCAUAAAGGAAAGUUGGCAAAACACGUAGUGGUAACUGUUCCCAUUCUCCCAUCUCUCUCUCUCCAACAACUUCAACACAGCGAUAAACAAAUGACGGCAGCCUGUGUGAACUGAAGCGAACUUUAUAUUUCCAUCGGACAAUUCAUUAUCCCCUAGACAACGAUAGAGCUCAUUUCUUAUUGAUUAUUAUUAUACCCGCACUUUUAGGUUUAGUAUUGACGACGUAUAUUAUCUGUAUAUUUGCAUCGAUAUUGUUUUUGUGUAUUUUUACUAAUAAAUACUGUUAAAAUUAGUAUCACCAGACUCCAAAGGACCUCUCUAUCUUUGCUGGUAGGUGAUCCAGUUAUGGGGUUCGUAACACACCCAAUGGGUCCCUCACUACACAGACAAGGCCCGCCCCCUGGUCAAGUCCACCACAUUUCCCGCGUGGCCUUCAGCCGCAUUAAAGGGAUGUUGCCAAAGCAACGAUGCAUGCGGUGGACGAGACCGUUCCCUUCCAAGUGGAGUGUGACGCCUCCGACUUCGCGCUGGCUGCUACCCUCAGUCAGGCAGGCAGGCCGGUAGCAUUCUUUUCUCGUACCCUUCAAGGCCCAGAAAUUCGGCACUCCGCGGUGGAGAAAGAAUCCCAGGCCAUAGUGGAAGCUAUUAGGCACUGGAGGCACUAUCUCGCUGGCAAAAGGUUCACCUUGCUGACCGACCAGCACUCGGUUGCGUUCAUGUUCAGCAACCAACAGCGGGGCAAAAUCAAAAAUGAUAAAAUUUUGAGGUGGAGAAUAGAACUCUCCACCCACAACUAUGACAUCCUGUACCGGCCUGGAAGGCUCAAUGAGCCCCCUGAUGCCCUAUCCCGGGGGGCGUGUGCCAGCACGCAGCUUGACCUGCUAUAUGCCCUCCAUGCAGAUCUUUGCCACCCGGGGGUCACCCGAUUUUACCAUUUCGUGAAAGCCUGGAACCUGCCUUACUCCCUUGAGGAAAUCAGGACGAUGACCA